AUGAAUUUUGAUAAUUUUGUAAAUAACCUAUAUGGAAAGGACGUGUUUGAUGAUGAAAAUUCCAAAUACAUUAAAGAUACAAUUUUCCCAUGUCUAUUGCCUUUAGUUAUAUUAGUAAAUAAUGAAAAGGAGAAACACACGUACUUUAAUGUAUGUGAUUAUGGCAAUGAAAAGGAUCGAAUAACCAAUUUGUAUGAUGAAAGGAAUACUUGUAACAUGGAACAAAUAGAUAUUUUUGCAACGAAUAAACUAAAAGCAAAUUCUACAGAGUUAUUUGAAAUUCAACAAGAAGUUCUAAAAAAAUAUAUAGAUAUUAACCCUAUUUUAUUACUUAGAGAAUAUCUUAUAGAAGAAUAUAAUGAAAGAAGUAAAACCAAGGAAACACCAGAAUAA